AUGGGUCCGGUACAGUAUAAGCCAACACAGCAGAUGGGUCCGGUACAGUAUAAACCAACACAGCAGAUGGGUCCAGUACAGUAUAAACCAACACAGCAGAUGGGUCCAGUACAGUAUAAACCAACACAGCAGAUGGGUCCAGUACAGUAUAACCCAACACAGCAGAAGGGUCCAGUACAGUAUAACCCAACACAGCAGAAGGGUCCAGUACAGUAUAACCCAACACAGCAGAUGGGUCCAGUACAGUAUAACCCAACACAGCAGAUGGGUCCAGUACAGUAUAAACCAACACAGCAGAUGGGUCAGGUACAGUAUAACCCAACACAGCAGAUGGGUCCAGUACAGUAUAACCCUACACAGCAGAUGGGUCCAGUACAGUAUAACCCAACACAGCAGAUGGGUCCAGUACAGUAUAAACCAACACAGCAGAUGGCAAAGACAGGAGUGACAACAUUGAAACCAACACUCACAGCAGAGAACACAACAGCAACAACAGAGAACAGCAGCAACGGCCAUAAUGGCAACACUAACGGCGUCAAGAACAACCGUAACAGCGUCAACAACAGGCAUAACAGCGUCAACAACAGGCAUAACAGCGUCAACAACAGCCAUAACAGCGUCAACAACAACCAUAACAGCGUCAACAACAGACACAACAGGCAUAACAGCGUCAACAACAGGCAUAACAGCGUCAACAACAGCCAUAACAGCGUCAACAACAGCAGCGGCACCAGCAACUUCAGCCGGGACCUCAGCUAG